GUACCCCCAGUGGAAUUCACUAAAGUCCUGAGAGUGACCCAUUUUUUUCCACAAAUGCUUGCAGAAGCACUCUGCAUCCCUAGGUAACUGAUGGAAGUGAUUGGAACUCCUGAAUUUAAGCAUUUGGAUGGUUGUUUGCCUCCACGAGCUAAGUUGCAGUGUACAUCUGUGUCGGCUCAAGAAAUUUACCAGACAAAGGUGUAGCCAUGGACAUCGGUGGCUUGGAGACUGUAGUGGCAAACUCUGCCUAUGUGUCAGCCCGUGGCAGCAUGGAUGGAGCUUCAGCAGCUGCGCUGCGUGACAAAAAGAUGCGUGCCAGACUGAAACUCCCACAUAUCAGAAAUUGUGAACACAUGAAAGCAACACUAGACACCACCUUUGACAGCAUGUGUGUCAAGCAACCCAUCGGCAAGCGUCUCUUCCAGCAAUAUCUGGAGAGUGAUGCAACCCAUAAAAAUGCUGGAGAGCUGUGGAAAGACAUUGAAGAAUAUGUCGUGUGCCAAGAGAAGGACAGACUGCAGAAGGCUCAAAAGAUAGUCAAUAAAUACUAUCAAUCAGCUUCAAAGAAUUUUUGCACUUUCCUAGAGGAGAAGGCCAUCAUUAGAGUUAAAGAAGACCUCAAGAAUGUCCGUGGUGACUUAUUUAAGGAGAGUGAACAACAGCUGCUCAAGCACUUGGAAAAAGUGGCCGUAGAUGGCUUUAAGAACAGCAUGUACUUCCUGCGUUUUGCUCAAUUCAAAUGGAUGGAGAGCCAGCCGUUUGAUGAAGAGUGGUUUAUGGACUUCCGGGUACUGGGUAAAGGAGGUUUUGGCGAAGUGUUUGCUUGUCAGGCAAAGGCAACAGGCAAAAUGUAUGCCAACAAGAAGCUAGACAAAAAGAGGCUGAAGAAACGCAAAGGCUAUGAGGGAGCAAUUGUGGAGAAGCGCAUCCUUGCAAAAGUUCACAGUCGGUUCAUUGUGACGCUGGCUUAUGCCUUCCAGACCAAGACAGACCUUUGCCUGGUUAUGACCAUCAUGAAUGGUGGUGAUUUAAGGUUUCACAUGUACAACGUCGACGAAAAAAAUCCUGGUUUUGAUGAGAAGAGAGCAUGUUUCUAUACAGCUCAGAUCAUCUGUGGGCUGGAACACCUUCAUCAGCACAGAAUCGUAUACAGAGAUCUGAAGCCAGAAAAUGUACUUCUUGAUGAUGCAGGACAUGUCCGCCUGUCAGAUUUGGGUCUGGCUGUUGAACUUCCACCAGGAAAAGAUACAACUUCUGGAUAUGCUGGGACUCCAGGUUUCAUGGCACCAGAGCUGCUUCAGAAGAAGCAGUAUGAUUACUCUGUGGACUACUUUACUCUGGGAGUCACGGUGUAUGAGAUGAUUGCUGCCAAAGGACCUUUUAGAGUACGAGGAGAAAAGGUUGAGAAUGAAGAGGUAACUCGCAGAAUUCUAAAUGAUCCAGUUUCUUACACACCAAAAUUCAGCAAAGAAUGCAAGGACAUCUGCGAGGGCCUGAUGGAGAAGGACCCGACUAAACGACUGGGCUUCAAAAAUAACGAGUGCGCAGAGCUCAAGAAUCAGCCAUUUUUCAAAGACAUUAACUGGGGACGUCUAGAAGCAGGAAUGGUACCGCCUCCAUUUGUCCCCGAUCCUAAAAUGGUCUAUGCCAAAAAUAUUGAUGAUGUGGGUGCCUUCAGCACAAUCAAAGGUGUGGUCCUGGAUGACAAGGACGCCGAGUUCUACAAUGACUUUGCGUCUGGCAACGUCCCAGUACCCUGGCAGGAGGAAAUGAUUGAGACAGGUGUGUUUGGAGAGCUGAAUAUCUGGGGAGAGAAGGGGAAGUUGCCCAAUGACCUUGACCCUAAUUAUGUGGAAGCCAAAGGGGGGGGAUGUGUGCUGCUUUGAAUUUAGAUGGAAGCGAAACAGAUAUACUUCUAAUUUUUAAGAUCAGUAAUUUGUACAACAAUCUGUUAUUGAUGUAUUUAAUUUAUAUUAUAUUGUUAUUAUUUAUGUAGA